ACAACCUCUGUUACUAUUCUAAACUCUUUUCCUUUCUUUCCAAACUUCAAACACUGACUUUCUAGUUAUUUAGCGCUUAGCAUAAGAUAGGCGCAAGGCCAACUGCUCUUUAUGCGUCAUCUCAUCUCUUAUCCUACUCACUGAGGUAGUGAUGUUAGUUCCUCAUAUUAUCGUUGGGAAAACUGACACUCAAUGAGAUGAAUUUGGCAAAAGCUUAUAUUUCUAGUAAAACUAGAAGCUGAACAGGUGUGUUUUUUUUGAAAGAUUUUAUUUAUUUUUUUUAGAGAGAGAGGAGGGAGAGAAGGAAAGGUCGAUGUGAGAAACACCUAUCUGUUGCCUCCCGCACGUGCCCCAACCAGGGGCGGAACCGCAACCCAGGCACAUGCCCUGACCGGAAGUCAAACUGGCCACUUGGCUAGUUUGGAACAUCACUUUGCUUGGCUGGAUGCUGCCCAACCAAGUGAGCCACACUGGUUAGGGCUAAAUGUUUUUUUUUUCUCACUUUUAUGUUGUGAUGCCUUUGGCUCUAAGUAAAAGAAAACUUAAAGUCACCUAAACAGUAAUGAAGUUAUUUCACAUUAAAAGGUGGUUAUUUCAGUGGCUCUACAUUACCAUCAGGGACCCAGGCCUUUCUACCCUACUAUCCACCCUUGAUGUAUUCAGACUGUGUCCCCAGAUUAGGUUUCACGAUGCCUGCCAAAGUUCCAUCAUCACAUCUGCAGAACUUCUAGAGGCAAGAAAGGACAUUAUUCCUUCUUGCACAUCUCUUGCUAUUUAAUUUGCUGUGCCUCUUUCUUAAGAGCAAAGAAACUCCUCCCAGGAGCCUCCCUCAUCCUGGACUCCCUCUCAUGUUGCCAGAAUGCCACAAGCUUAUGCUAGCCUAUCAUUGGCAAGAGGUAUGGGACCACUAUGAUGGGCUUAGACUAAUCAAGACUCACUCCUAGGGCUGGUUCCAGGCUUUCCUGAAGUUGCUGGCUGCUUGGCCAAAAUAAAUUAAGAUUCCGUUAGGAAAGAUGGAGAUGGGGGUAGGGAAUAGGCAUGAGGUAUGCAACCAGUAGUGUCAGAAUCCAAAUGUCCAGUUACAGAAUCCAAAUGUCCAGAUUGUUAACCUUGACACACUGCUGCUAUUCUGGGUUCUCCCCUCAGCUCCCACCCUCACUCUAGCACAGGGAUUUUCAAGCAGUGUGCUGCAAGAAUUUUUAAAAUACUCAAUACCUGACUUUAGUCUGGAUCACAGACCACUUUUCCCUUAGAUUGUCAAAUAAAAAAAUGACAACAGCCAACACAACAAUAGCUGUCUGGUAUCAAUGAAUCAAAAUUACACCUAUUUUUUUGGCCUGAUCGGCAGAAUUUUAGUAGUUUAGUUGUGCCAUGAGAUGGAAAAGGUUGGAUAUCACUGCUCUAACAGAUUUCUUUAAUUGUGAGCCACGUCUCCUACAACUCCAGCUCUAAGCGACACAUACCCAGGCUGUCCUUGGCAGAAUGGUGGGGAAUAGGAACUGUAUUUCUCAGGACCUAGUGCUCUUGCGCAGUUCCUCAGGAGUCAGGGAUGUACGCUUGUCAGAGCCGGCACUGUUGUGGGGUGGGGCGGAGAGCAGAGGCUCCUCGGGAAGGCGGGCUGGCCUGGCCUUGACUGCACCCCGGAGCUGAGUUCUCAUCAUGCUCCCCACUGUCUCUGAGAUCUCGUCUUCCUGGUCUGCUCUUCUCUUGGGAUCUAAUUUCCUUUCUUAACAUAUUCUAAUUUGCCCCCUAGUCUUAAAUCCCAACAUUACCCUCAUAUUUCUUUCCUCGGAACUCUCACAGUAAAAUACCUGUGUCCACUGGAUUUGCUAACCAUUCAUUGACUUCCUAUAUGUAUUAGAAGCUUAGAGACAAUACUAGACAAUAGGGUAGGAAAUUAAAUUUUAGUAGCUGCGUGCUAAGUUCUUUCACACACACUAUCUGACUUUAUCACUAACAGCACCUUGGUAGGUUAGGUUAUCUUGACCUUCACAUUGGAGGUUAGAGAAUUCAGAAGGUAAGUCACCUGAGCAGAGAAGGUAGGGUCAUCUCGAGGGCACAGGCUGUUAGGAGCCCAUGACUGCCCGGCCCAUGCCCAUGCUGUCCCCUACAAGCAUCUUUAUGCUUACAAGGAUCUUUGCAUACCUUGAUUGGAGCCUCACAAACUGCAUUUGUUCUGGAGUAGCAGGGUGAGGAGUAGUAUCCGAGUUUUAUAAAUGGUAGUGAGGUUGCGAGAUACCAAGUUACUUGCCCCAAGUCAUGUGAAGCUUAGCUUUUCUGACUCCUAUGUAGUACACAUGCUGCCGCCAUGAAGCUGCCCCGCGGGGCGUGGCAUAUGUGUUGAGUGGGUGGUGAUCCAGAUUAUGGUAGGUGUGCAAUAAGUAAUUGUCAAGUUAUACCAUUGAAAAUUAAUAAUGUCACUGCCUAGAUGUCUCUAGUUUCCUUUUUCCCCUGUCACCUCUCCUCUGGGUUCUCCUUGGAGAUCCUCUUUUCCCAAGAAAGUCCAUCACCUUUAAUCAAGACAAAGAGCAGAAUCCACAUCUCCUCAGGCAGGUGCUGCGAUGAGGGCUUAAGAAGGAAGGGCCCUCUUCCAAGACACAGCUGAAUGGACCUGACAGUUUUUGCUCUCCCUCUUCCCACCUCAGGCCUUCCUUGGGUCCUGGUGUGGGGAGGCUGUACUGAGACUUUCCCCUGCCCCCAGGUGGCAAAACUGCAUUUGUUCUGGAGUAGACAGGCCCGUGAACCUCUGCUUUCCUGUUCCACUGGCCUUGGCCUUGGCUGUCAUCACACUAGUACCCUGCCCCAUCUCUCCUCCCUUAAUCCCGCCCCCACCUCUGGCUCCACCCGACAGCCCUGGACACAGUAUACACAGCCCAGAGCCUCUGUCCAAAGGGAAACAAAAGGGACUGCCUGGGUUCCCAUGGCUGUGGCCAGCACCUUCGUACCGGGGCUGAACCCUCAGAAUCCUCAUUAUAUCCCGGGGUACACGGGACACUGCCCACUACUUCGGUUCAGCAUGGGCCAGACCUAUGGGCACAUGACCGGUCAGCUACUUCGAGGAGCUCCUGGCCUAGCCUGGCCCCCGGCUUGUCGAGUUCUCCUACCUCCCAUUCAGCCUCCAAGAUCUCCCGAGGUUCCCAGGGGAAGCCCGCCUGUCAGGCGUGGGCAUAAAAGGCUCAGUUGCAGCAUGAUCCCUGGCUACACAGGUUUUGUCCCCCAGGCACAGUUCAUCUUCGCCAAGAACUGCAGCCAGGUCUGGGCUGAGGCUCUGAAUGAUUUUACCCAGCGAGGGAAGCAGGAGCUACCAAAGGAGGUCAAGGGAGAAGACGUGGAAAAAGACCAAGAGCCAAAGCCUAAGUCAGAGCUGGAGGAGGAGCCAGAGCUGGGGCAGGAGGCGGGACAAGCUUCCCCCUAUUCCAUGGAUGACAGAGAUCCUCACAAGUUCUUCAUGUCAGGUUUUACUGGUUACGUGCCCCGUGCCCGUUUCCUCUUCGGCUCCAGCUUUCCUGUGCUCACCAACCAGGCACUGCAGGAAUUUGGACAGAUGUACUCACGGGACAAACCCCAGACGGGACUCAAACAUCUCCCCCCACUUUCAAGGACCUACCCUCAGAACCUGGGCCUUUUACCUAACUAUGGGGGCUAUGUGCCAGGGUAUAAGUUCCAGUUUGGCCGCACAUAUGGGCAUCUCACCCAUGAUGCUCUGGGCCUCAGCACCUUCCAGAAACAAGUCAUGGCGUAGGUACCUGGACUGCAAGUUCUCUCUUCCCUUUUCAUCUUUCCCAGCCAUCCUUUUGGAAGAGAGAGAGAUGGGCUGGAGGGUGGGGGGAGGCACAAAGAGAAAAUAGU